GUAGUUUUGCCUCGAUCUGAUUUUUUCUCUUGUUGCCUUAGUCUCUCAUCUUCGAUUUGCCUGUUGCCUUUUAUCCGACGAGUGACGAGCGCGCCUCAAGAGCGGCGAUCUCCGCCGACAAGCUCUGUGUCUCGUUCAAGACUAGCUCUGUGGCUCGCAAAUCGCAAGGGAUUCAAGAAACUAUAUUGACCAAAUACUUACAGGCCACAUAUUCGUAGACCUGGAGUUUAAAUUAAUCAAAAUGGGAGGAAGCAAAAGCGGUCUUUGACCACCAUUCAAUAUGUUGGCAGGUGCAGUCCUGCAGCGACUUAGUUCACUGUCAACAUCUAUGUUGAGAAUUGCCCUUGGCGCAUCAUGCAAAUGGAAGCUUCAGACUAGACGGAAGCCAUACAUCAGCAUAGAAGCUAGCUGUUUUGCAUCGGCUCCAAAAUCAAAGAGUUCAUUUAAUGAUUGCGACAGAGACUUGUUUUCCCUGAAUAAAAAAAUCACGCGUUUCAACCAGACAGGUCAGAUUAAUGAUGCAAGGGCAUUGUUUGAUAAAAUGGAGCAAAGAAACACCAUCUCAUGGAACUCAAUGAUCAGUGGGUAUGCGAGACAGGGUGAGAUGACUAAAGCAAGAAAGCUUUUUGAUGAAAUGCCAAAGAGGGAUGUUGUGUCGUGGAAUUUGAUGAUUUCGGGGUAUGUGUCAUGUCGUGGGAAGAGGUUUAUAGAGGAGGGAAGGUGCUUGUUUGAUAAAAUGCCAAAGAGGGACUGCGUUUCUUGGAACACAAUGAUUAGUGGGUAUGCAAGGAAUGGGAGAAUAGAGGAGGCUCUGCAGCUUUUUAAUACAAUGCCUAAGCCAAAUGCUGUUUCUUGGAAUGCUAUAGUUUCUGGUUUUUUGCAAAAUGGUGAUGUGGCGCGUGCAAUUGAGUUUUUUGAGAGAAUGCCAGAGAGGGAUUCAACAUCGUUGAGUGCACUUGUAUCGGGUCUUAUUCAUAAUGAGAAGCUUGAGGAAGCUGCAAAAAUUUUGCUUGACUAUGGAAAUAAUAAUAGUGGGAAAGAGGAGUUGGUGCAUGCUUAUAAUACUUUGAUUGCGGGAUAUGGUCAAAGAGGAAGGGUGGAUGAAGCUCGGAAACUUUUUGAUAAGAUGCCAAGUAAUAAUGACAAACAAAAAGGAAGUAAAGGGAGGUUUGAGAGAAAUGUGGUGUCAUGGAAUACCAUGAUAAUGUGCUAUGUGAAGGCUGGAGAUAUUGUUUCUGCUAGGGAACUCUUUGACCAAAUGAUUGUACUAGACACUUUUUCAUGGAAUACCAUCAUUAGUGGAUAUGUUCAUGUCUCAGAUAUGGAGGAGGCGUCAAACCUCUUUUGCAAAAUGCCAAAUCCUGAUUCCUUUUCAUGGAAUUCAAUGAUAUCAGGACAUGCCCUGGUAGGUAAUUUGGAACUUGCUCAUGAGUUUUUUGAGAGGAUGCCCCAGAAGAAUUUGGUGUCGUGGAAUUCCAUGAUUGCGGGGCAUGAGAAGAAGGAGGAUUAUAAAGGAGCAAUUAAGGUCUUCUUUCGGAUGCAAGUUGAAGGAGAGAAACCUGACCGACACACAUUAUCUUCGCUUCUCAGUGCAUCUUCUGGAAUUGUGGAUCUGCACUUGGGUAUGCAGAUUCAUCAGCUGGUCAGAAAGACAGUUAUCCCAGAUGUGCCAUUGAAUAAUGCCCUCAUCACGAUGUACUCAAGAUGUGGGGCAAUAAUUGAGGCAUGGACCAUUUUUGAUGAAAUGAAACCGCAUAAAGAAGUAAUUUCUUGGAAUGCAAUGAUUGGAGGAUAUGCAUCCCAUGGUUAUGCUGCAGAGGCCUUGGAACUUUUCAAAUUAAUGAGAAUUUCCAAAGUGCAGCCUACUUAUAUAACAUUUAUUUCUGCUCUGAAUGCCUGUGCUUAUGCUGGACUGGUUGAAGAAGGUCGAGGGAUAUUUAAAUCCAUGGUUAGUGAAUAUGGCAUCGAGCCAAGGAUUGAACACUUCUCUUCCCUAGUUGACAUUGUGGGUCGGCAUGGACAGCUUGAAGAGGCCUUGGAUUUGAUCAAUGGCAUGCCAUUUAAGCCAGAUAAGGCUGUUUGGGGUGCAUUAUUGGGUGCUUCUAGGGUCCAUAACAAUGCAGAGAUUGCCCGUAUUGCUGCUGAAGCAUUAAUGAAACUCGAACCAGAUAGCUCAGUUCCAUAUGUCUUGUUAUACAACAUGUAUGCCGAUAUGGGACAAUGGGAAAAUGCAUCAGAAAUAAGAGUAAUAAUGGAAAGGAAUAAUAUCAAGAAAGAAGCAGCAGUUAGCUGGGUAGAUUCCUCCUAGUGUUGAUGAUUAUGCGGCGGUUGAAGCGUUCACACAGAAACUUACUAUGAUCUAUCCCAAGCCGCACAGAGAAGUUUGUUGUGAUUGUAGCAUAUGGUGCAUUUUACAAGCCAAUCGUGAGCAACUAGCACAGAUGAGCUGCUUUGCUAGGCAGAUGUGGAGUGACCUCCCUGGGAAGUGAGAAUAUAAUGCAUCUGCAUCUUUUUAUAUCUCAAGUUGAAUUUGUAGCUGGAAACUGCAAGAUUGCUAUUGAUGUUACUUGUAGUCAAGUCUCUGCCCAGUGUUGGAUAAGGCCUCUCAUUAUUUGAUCAACAGAGAAAUUCUUGCACGAAGGAAGCAGUUCCUAUCAACUGAAGUAGCAGCUCGUUGAUUGAUGAAUUGCGAACAUUUGAAACCACACAGGAUUUCAAGUUGGUUUUGACAUCUUUGGUACCUUGCAUUGCUUGUGCUUCCGAGGUAUGUCCUAUUUGAGGAUUAGAGAAACAAAUUAUUAUUAAACAUUAAUGAUCCUGGUAUGUUAUGUAAAUUACAUCACCUUGUUUUUAAAAUAUGUUAAGGAUUACACUUAAAAAUAGAUAUAAUUACAAUCCAAAUUCAUAUUUAUUUAAAUAUGUUCACAAUUUUAACAACCCUGAGUAUUGGGUGAAUGUGUAAAUCAUACUAUUGCUUUACGAUGAGAUUCUCGAAUAUUAGAGCU